UACAGUCGGUGUGGAAAUGCGGACAGUCACAGCUAGCUGUGUUAGCCGUGUUCGCCUGCACUGACAGAUGAGUUUAGCUACUGCUAAAUAGAGCUGAUUUCAGAAGAACAGCCUUGCUCCCCUUUUUCCGCGCGAUGAGUGUACUCUUUACAAACGCGGUACACACGUACACAUGGAUUUUGAUAUUCCUGUGGGAACUGGAGCAUAAGCCAGCAGCUAUGGAGCCCCGAGACUGUGUUGCCAGCCACGAUGUCCCUGUGGCAAUUUUACAGAAAAAGAUUCUUUCUGCAAAAAGCCCAGAGGAUAAAGCAAGAUUUGAGAAGGAACUAGAUGAACUCAUACAGGCGAGAGAAAUAGUCAGAGACUCUGUGCACCAAAUUGUGGAAAAGUGCACAGAUUCUCCUGAACAAGCUCAACAAGUAUUAAAAGGAAAAAGCUCUGCCCAUAGCAGCGAGACAUAUAAGGAGGUUGUUGAGUACUUCAAAAAGAAAGGUUUUAACUGGCAUGAUCCAAAGUAUCAAACUGCACUACAACAUCUGUAUGUCUUUGCAAACCUACUUGAGAAGAAGGUUCCAGUGGAACGUAUUAAGGCCGCAAUUGAUGAAGUGAGCAUUAACCUGAGGAAAGAAAGGGUGGAAGGUGCCGCGUCUGCCCCAACACUAAGAAAGAAUGAAAAAAGAACUGCAAACAUAAGAUCUAUGUCUACUUUUAAGCUUGUGUGGUGUUUUUUUUUCUGGAACUGCUAUAUGCAUGCUUCUCUUGUGGACUUGUCUUCAUUGUUGUUUUUCAUGCAAACCAUUUUCAAAAGCCAGUUAAUUAAUUGCUUCAUUGUAAUGCAUUUAUGUCCACCUGAUUCUGCAGAGUGCAGUAAUACUGCAACACCAAGAUGUAUCCUUCUGCAUUUGAAAUGUAAAAGUGUUAAAUGCGGUGCCUCAAGACUUGGUAAUUCCUAUCACAAUUUUUAGUUACCCUGCAGUGCCAUUGGGCACUCAUGUCAUGAAGGGGAAUUGGUAAUAUUUCUAGUGAGGAAGGACUGAAUGCUAGGGGUCAUUCUCUGUCCAUUGCUUAGUGAUAUAUCAGUUCAGUUGGAAGUCCACAUAGCUACACAGCAAAGUUUUCAGUCACCUCUAAGCACCAUGUGCCACCUGCCUCCCAGCAGUUACAUAAAAAAUUUUAUGUAAAUAUAUGUAAUUAAUAUUCUGCAGUAAGAUUUCCAGUCUAUCUUAAUGCAAACGUUAUUUUAAUUUAAAAAUAUAUUCUUUAAAACAGCAUGUCAUAAUGCCACCAUGCAAAAAUACAGCAUAGACAUAUUAAAAUAAAUACUUCAUGACAUCAUUUGUGAGAUAUAGCCUGGGAUCAGGGUUGUUUCAGAACACUUGGGGGCAGCCCACCCACUUCAAUCAUAUUCUCUUUAUUUAAGAAACAAAUAUAUGCAUAAUUCAUGUUGGAGAAAAAUAGCAAAAUCUCUGAACUCACUGUGCUUUUGCUACAGACAUUGAAUAUUAAGAUAUUGAGUAUGUUAAAAAGUACAUAAUCUCAGUCUCCUGGUGGUUUGUGGGCCCUAAGCGAUUGUUUAUACUGCUUACAGCAGGAAAACAGCCCUGCCUGUGAUACAAAACUGCUUUAUAAUGGAGCAAUUCCUGUAAUAAUCUGAUAGUGAUUACAAACAGUUUUUCUCACUUAAGUGGUCAUGUAAGCAGCAUGUCUUGUCAAUGAGGAAAAAACUUUCAUGAGCAUAUAGGACCAGUGCUAAUCCCAAUCAAACUCGUUACAGUCAGCAUUCUGGUUGAAGUUGAAGGCCUGUAAUUCUAAGGCAUAAUUCUAAGCUUUAACACAUGAAGUCUUUUGCUGGUUUGGGUAUAAAUUCGCAGGCAGCGGGGAGGCAUUCUGGCCCUCAGUGAGGAAAGACUGGGACUUUCUUUUCCUUUUUGUUUUUAAAUGAACGUGGAUCAAGGCUUUACAGUGAUUCACAGCUAAACACUACUUUCAGUGAUUCUGAUUCAAUACUGACUUCAAUACAUUCAUUAUAUUGAGUUUAAUGUUUGAGUCCAUUUCGAAAACCAAAUGACCUGUUACUGCAUAACAAUAUACUAACUGAUUUGCAUGUUUGUAUUUGAAAAGGUUUUGAGUGUCUUCUAAGGGAGUUUAUAAAGUGGAAUCUAUUACUUUGAAAACAUAUAGUCUACAGUGUUUUGGGCUUUGAGGUGCAUUUUUGGAAAUGUAAGAUGUGUUUCUACAAAUGAAUUAGCCAUUAGUCAUUUCACAGAAAAUCUGUAAAUAAGUGUUCUGCUGCUUUCCCAUUGCCUUGAUCAGCCUAAAGAAUUAAACAUCAAACACUGUAUUACUAUGUGAAUAAUCUGUAUCUUAUUAUUAAAUAAAUUAUGACAGAAAAGA